GGCAAGGAGAAGGAGUUUAUGUCGAUGAAUUUCAAGCGGUUGGGGAGGACGUCGAUAUAUACAACCAACGAUAUUAUCUCGAGCAAGGACCGGUGGAUCCAACCGACUUGUACGACCAACCCAACCAUCGGUCAAGGGAUGUUUGGAACGAUCACCCGGUACAUACAAUUCUUCACCAUUUGUCCUUCUUUUAUUUUGUUAAUGUGCCUAGUGUAAUAUAAAAUAAAUUUAUGUUUAUUUUUUAAUCGUGUU